UUACUCCAUUGCAUCUGCUGUUAUGAUGCCACCUCCAUUUUUCUCAUUCUCCCACCAUGAUAGACUAAACUCUUGACCAAUCGUACUAAUUUCCCCCGUCUCGUAGCCAUCACAGGUUCCCUCUUUUCUUGAACUACCAGCCUCCACAUUCACCAAAUCGCCUUCCAUCAUUUCCAGCUCCUCCAACAUAAUCCCACAAGCCUCCAACUCUUUCUCAAAACCUUUAUUGCACUGGCUCAGUACUCGCACUUUAUUCGGUAGGUUCCAAAAUCGCGCAUGCUCUUUCGUUCACGAAGGGCAGUCUGACGUUGGCCCUAACAACAGAAACUCGGAUCUUCCACAGCCGCUCCCUCCCCAGCCUGACGUGCCGUCGCGAGAAGAGUGGAGGGAGCCGCGCGAGAUGUCGCUGUUGUUGCUGAGGCCGACCUCGCGUCGCUUGUUGACCGCGCUCGUGGCGCCGAGGAGCUGCUGGCUAAAGGCCGCACUGACAGCGCCGGCUCGCCAUGUCCGGGCGCUGUCGAGUGGGGACUUCAGGUGUAGCAGCGGCCUAUCGGCAGCGGGACUGGUGGAAUCGGCGCCGCUGGCGGUGCAGCCUUACCUUAAACUGAUGCGACUGGACAAACCCAUUGGGACUUGGCUGUUGUAUUUGCCUUGCACCUGGAGCAUCAGUUUAGCAUCAGAACCAGGCUGUCUUCCAGAUCUGUCCAUGCUUGCACUUUUUGGAACCGGGGCAAUACUGAUGAGAGGAGCUGGGUGUACAAUCAAUGACAUGUGGGAUAAAGACAUUGACAGAAAGGUUGCAAGAUCUGAAAAUCGGCCCAUAGCUGCUGGAGAAGUCAGUCGCUUUCAGGCCCUGGUGUUUUUGGGCGGUCAGCUGAGUUUGGCACUUGCUGUUCUCUUAUGCUUAAAUUAUUACAGCAUUGUGCUCGGAGCUGCAUCGCUGGGACUGGUGGUCAUUUACCCCCUGAUGAAGAGACUAACGUACUGGCCACAAUUAAUUCUGGGUCUUGUAUUCAACUGGGGAGCACUUUUAGGAUGGUCUGCUAUGAAGAACUCUUGUGAUUGGUCAAUCUGCCUACCACUUUAUAUUUCUGGUAUCAUGUGGACAUUGAUAUAUGACACUAUUUAUGCACAUCAGGAUAAAACAGAUGAUAUCCUAAUAGGAGUGAAAUCAACCGCAUUGAUGUUUCAAGAACAGACCAAACAAUGGCUAAUUGGAUUUAGCACAAUCAUGCUGACAGGACUGACGGUUGUAGGACUAAACAGCGACCAGACAUUGCCCUACUACAUUGCUGUGGUAACUGUUGGAGCUCACCUGUCUCAUCAGAUAUACUCAUUGGACAUAAAUAAUCCUCAAGAUUGCUGGAAGAAAUUCUGUUUGAAUCGCACAUUGGGAUUUAUACUGCUUUCUGGAAUUGUGCUUGGAAACCUGUGGAAAAGAAGCAAUAAGACUGAUAAAACUGAAAAGGUGCACCGUGGGCUAUAGUUACUAGCAGCCUUUAAACCAUAAAUCAAAAUAAUGCAGUAAGACAGAUAAAAAUACCAUGUUGUACCUUUAUUGCUAUCAUAUAAAUAUGUGUAUUUGUCUCACGGAAUAAAUGAGAUCUAAGUACACUUUUGAAUUAUUCAACAGUUUAAUAAAAAAUGAAAAUUGAGUGAU